AUGUCAUCAUCAACUCGUAUUGAAUGGAUGUGGAAAUCCAAUGAAAAUCCAUGGGACUCUUCACAAGAAGAACAAUGGAGUUCAUAUUCGGAUGUGGAAACGGCAAUGAUUGAAGAAGCAUUUCAAAAUAAUCUUUCGGAAAUUUUAUUGGAUAAUUAUCAUAUUAAUUUGAAGAAAUCUCUUCAAAUUUCCAAUUCAAAUGAAAAUAAUCAACGACCUAUAAAACGUAUUCAACGAAAUCAAAGAUUAUCUGGAGGAAAACUUCGAGAAACAAGAUUUCUUCCAACACCAAUUCAUCCAGAAACACCUUUUGCUGAUCAACAAUUAUUUUUAAGUUAUAUUGGAGAAAUUUUUUCAAUGUUUCAAGUACAGGAUAGUAAUGCACUUCUUGAAACAAAUAAUCGGCAAUUAAUGAUAAAAAAAGCAGCAGAAGGAAUUAUGAAUGAAGGAAAACUUUUAGGGAAACAAAAAGAAGCGGAAUGGAUAAGUGAACAACUAAUCAAAGUUAUUAAUGGAACAGAUGAACAAAUUUGGCAAUGUUGUGCUCAUCUUUAUACAAUGGAAUCAUUUUUAUAUCAAAAAUUAAAUGAAUAUAUGAGACUUUGUGGAGAUAAAAAUCAUAAACAACUUUGGAAAAAUAAAGUUCAAAUAUUUGGACCAUUUGCUUUUCUUCUUCAAAUGCUAAAUUUUUCAAAAAAUUAUCAAGAAUUUUAUGUUUAUCGUGGAGCAAAUUUAUCAGAUGAAUUAAUUAAUAAAUUUCGUAAUAAUAUUGGUGCAUAUCUCAUGUUUCCAGCAUUUACAUCAACAAGUCGAAAUCGAGAAAAAGCUCAACAAUUUGGAAAUGUUCUUUUUAUAAUUCAUACAAGUUCAACAAGUGGAUUUGAUAUUUCACAAUUUUCGGAUUAUCCAGAUGAAGAAGAAACUUUACUUAAUGCAGAUUUCAAUUUUUUUAUUCGAUCUUGUUCAUUUGAUCAAAAGAAAAACAAAUGGAUAAUUGAUAUUUCUUCAUGGAAUGACCGAUAA